AGCUUUUAGAGGCGGGCGCUGCGAGUGAGGGAGUUAAGUGAGAGAGUGAGUGAGGCGCAGAAGCGGAAGUAGGCCGCGGCGCUUGGCCCGCCGCUUUCCUGUCUUCCCUCCCGCCCUCCCUCCCUCCCUCCUUGGGGGCCGCCUGCCAUUGCCAGCCCAGCCGAGGCAGUCGCUGUCGGUCGUCCUCAGCCGCCGCCAUGAGCUUCUUGUUUGGUAGCCGUUCUUCUAAAACUUUUAAACCAAAGAAGAAUAUUCCUGAAGGCUCCCACCAGUAUGAGCUACUGAAGCAUGCAGAAGCCACGCUUGGAAGUGGCAACCUAAGGAUGGCGGUUAUGUUGCCUGAGGGUGAAGAUCUGAAUGAAUGGGUUGCAGUGAACACUGUGGAUUUCUUCAACCAGAUCAAUAUGCUUUAUGGGACAAUUACAGAUUUCUGCACAGAGGAGAGCUGCCCAGUGAUGUCUGCAGGUCCAAAGUAUGAAUACCAUUGGGCAGAUGGGACUAACAUAAAGAAGCCAAUCAAGUGCUCCGCACCAAAGUACAUUGAUUACCUUAUGACCUGGGUUCAGGACCAGCUGGAUGAUGAGACACUAUUUCCAUCUAAAAUAGGUGUUCCUUUCCCAAAGAACUUCAUGUCAGUAGCGAAGACCAUCCUAAAGCGUCUCUUCAGAGUGUAUGCGCACAUCUACCACCAGCAUUUUGAUCCAGUCAUUCAACUUCAAGAAGAAGCACAUCUGAACACAUCCUUCAAGCACUUUAUCUUUUUUGUUCAGGAAUUUAACCUUAUAGACAGAAGAGAACUUGCUCCACUUCAAGAACUGAUUGAAAAACUCACUUCAAAGGACAGAUAAGCAGAAAUGUCUUUGUGAAAAUCACUUGUUUCUUUAAACAGGCAUGUGGUGUUUUAGGGAUUUGGGCUGUGAUUCUCUACACAUUAAUUGAGAUCCAUGAGACGAACUCCUAAGUUAAGUGUAUGGAGGUUUGCAGUCUUUUAAUUUGUUUGUUUUUAGAGAGACAAAAAAAGGAAAUUUGUUCUGUUUUUAUUUGGGCAACAUAGAUUCAUUCUCUGUGCUUUUAUUAGAAGGAAUCCUUUGUCUUUUAGUGAGACACACACACAGUAAAUAGUGUUCUGUUCCUUUUCAUUGUGUACUUUUUAAAGAGGUUGUGUGUUUAAAAAGAAGAAAAAAACAUGCUUUUUGGGAAAUGUGA